AUGAAAGCAAUUGUUAUAGUAGUUCUCCUUGCCCUCACAUAUGCUGCAGACCCAGAAUAAUGCUUGAAAGAGAGAUGCCCAAAUGAAUACGCCGCCUGCUAAAAGGAAGUAUUCGGAUGUGCUUCUGCCGCAAUGAAAUGCAAAAACCAAUGUGGAGGUGAAGACGCUGAAUGCAUGUUGAACUGUGCUUUAGCCUCAAAGAAUGCCAAAUUGAUUGCAUUGGCUUAAUGUGGACACGAAAAUUGCAAAGAUGUUGCUGUUUCAUUUUGUGAUGUUGAAGGAUGUGUUGCUUAUUUCCAGAGCGAAUGCACUCAAACUUUGGGAUUGAAAUCCUUCUAAUGUGCUUCAUCAUUCUUCGAGAGACAUCCAGAAUGUUCAUGCGUUAGUGAGUUCUGAGGGAGUAUAAAUAUCAAGGGUAUAGGCAUAAAAUGUGAUUUUAUGCAUGUAUCUAUUAAUUUGUAAUAAUAUCAUAUAAA